AUGGACGCCUCAUUGGGCGCUUACAAAGAUACCUACAGAUCAAAUUGGAUCGUGUGUACUCUACCCUGGCAGCCCGACGUCCUGUCCCGAACUAAAUAUGUACCUUAUAACAGUACGCCAUACUUCCAAGUUCAUCAAACGGCGAAUGAAAGCAUGAGAUAAUUGCAGAGUUCCCAGAAGGUUACUAUAUCUCACAAGUGCAGGUCGAUAUAAGUCAGCUAACCAUAAUAAAUUCUCGUACCAAUAGGAUUAAGGAACCACAACAAACAAGAACCAACAACAAAGGUCACAAAAGUGAGAGGGAUCCACAAAAUAAUAAGACCAAUAACCAACGACUAACAACAACCAACAACAAAGGUCAACAUAAGUGAGAGGGAUCCACAACGAACAAUAAUGAUAACCAAUG